GCGGUUGAAGCUGUACCUGCUACAGUUGGUGCAAGCGCUCAAGCACGAGAACUGGGUGGUGGACACAGAUGCGGACAGUCGAGAGAGCGAAUUGGCCGCGUUUCUCAUCUCUCGCUCAGUACAGAACUUCACUCUGGGCAACCGCUUCUAUUGGUAUCUUACGGUCGAAAUGAAUGACGACAACAUCGCCAACAAGGAACACACGCAGAUGUACACUGCUGUGCGGCAGGCGUUCACCACAGAGCUGGAGAAGACACCAGGCAGCGCCGAGAUGA